GGCAGGGAGCCCCGCGACAGCGCCGAGAUGCAGCUGAAGGUGGACUUCUUCCGCAAGCUGGGCUACUCCUCCGAGGAGAUCCACGUCGUGCUGCAGAAACUGGGCCUCAACGCCGACACCAACACUGUGCUGGGGGAGCUGGUCAAGCACGGCCCGGCCGAGCGGGAGAGCCCCGAGACCCCGACGGAAGCCAAGGAGGCCCCACUGGUCCCGCGAGGAGGGGCCGCCAACAAGACCCCCGCACCUGUGCCGGCCCCAGAGGAGACCGAGAGCGAGAACCUGAAGCCCAUCGUUAUCGAUGGCAGCAAUGUGGCCAUGAGCCAUGGAAAUAAAGAAGUGUUCUCCUGCCGAGGCAUCCUUCUGGCUGUCCAGUGGUUUUGGGAAAGGGGACACAAGGAUAUUACAGUCUUCGUGCCGUCUUGGAGGAAGGAGCAGCCACGACCAGAUGUACUUAUAACAGACCAGUACAUUCUCCGUGACCUUGAAAAGAAGAAAAUCCUGGUCUUCACUCCUUCCAGGCGGGUUGGAGGCAAGCGCGUCGUCUGCUACGAUGACCGAUUCAUCGUGAAACUGGCACACGAGUCGGAUGGCAUUGUGGUGUCUAACGAUACUUACCGGGACCUCCAGAACGAGCGUCCUGAGUGGAAGAAGUUCAUUGAGGAGCGUCUGCUGAUGUAUUCCUUUGUUAACGACAAGUUUAUGCCUCCGGAUGAUCCCUUAGGGCGACAUGGCCCCAGCCUGGAUAACUUCCUCAGGAAGAAACCUGUUGUGCCAGAACACAAGAAACAGCAGUGCCCUUACGGGAAGAAAUGCACUUACGGAAUUAAGUGUAAAUUCUACCACCCUGAAAGGAUCAAUCAGCCCCAGCGCUCAUUAGCUGAUGAACUCCGAGCCAAUGCAAGGUUGUCUCCUACCAGAAGUACCACUGCCAAGGAGGAGAAAAAGGGCAAAAGGGGUUCCCAGGCAGAUCUGCUGUGCUCUGUGCCCACGGAGAGUGAUAAGAGCUCUUUGCAGAAGGUCUCUGCAGAGAGGAAAAGCUUGACCCACAAAGCAAAGCCCAGUGAUGUUCCGCUUCAGGUGAAAGGCUGUGUGUCAGGCAGUGUCCCUCCUAACAGUGGGAGCCACAGGUCCUCUGACAGGUACCAGCAGCCUCAUAUGGACUCUCUGUCUUACAUCUCUCAGGAGCAUCUCGACUCGGGCAUUGGUUCUCUGGAGAACCAACUGUCUGACAUGUGGCCUUACCGAUCUGCCGGUCACUGUGAUCACUCCCAUGCUGAUCAGGUGGCAGUCUGCACUUGUGGGAGGCAGAGGCCUGUCUACCCACAUUCUCCCAGCUUGGAGCAGAAUGGUCUGGUCUCCUACAAGCAUGGUUCCCAUAAAUCUUCCUCCUCUGGUGCUAGCUUCUUGCAGUACAGCCCUGAGGUACCUCACUCAGGAGCACCUCACUCUUUCUCAGGCUACGGAGUACCUGUACACCCAGCUAGUGCCGGGCAGUACAGCCUGCCCAGUGAGUACAGCGCCCCUCCGCCCCAUUCUCGUGAGUACUGGUCUGAACCGUACCAGCUGCCGCCGCCUCAAGUGCGAUCCCCCAGCGUGCGAGACCCUCGUUCCGUGCCGAGAGCCCCGGCGUACGGGGACUCCUGCCAGUGGCCUGUCUCUGACCAGUUUGCGGAGGAGCGGGCCAAUGUGCACGUCAAGCUGUGUGGCAUAUUCCAUCCCCACCUAGUCGACGCUGUGAUGAACCGUUUCCCUCGGCUCCUGGAUCCCCAGAGGCUGGCUGCAGAGAUACUGACGUACAAGUCGCAGAACCCAGGUAUCUGA